CAUGCGCACCAAUUAACCCGCGAUCCAAGAGGGGGAAACGUCAAAUACGUCAAAUUAAUAACCUCAAAAAGCAAAACACAACAGACGCUUACGUUUGAUUUCCCAUUCUUUAAUUUACCGAUUAAGUUAAAAUUGUAUGAAUCAAAAUGAAGUUAAUGAAUAAUAACGCCGCCGGCGAUGAAAGCGACGGGGAGAUGUCUGGGGGUGAAUCAGAGCGAUCCAACACCAGCGAAGUGGACAACACCCGAGAAACCAGCGAUGAAGAAGCCGAUUCGGACGAUAGCUCAGAAAUGGAUGAAGGAGAAUGCGAGCGACGACGUACAGAAUGUAUGGAGAACUUAUCCGACUUGGAAAGACAGUUUACCUUACUUCGGGAGUUACUGUACAAGGAAAGAAUUGCCCAAGUUGAUCAUCAACUUCAAGAAGUAAAAGGAGGAAGAUCUCAGGAAUAUUUAGGCCCCCUUCAAGAACUUCAGGAAAACAUGUUUGUUCGAACUGAAGUAGCCGGGAUUUUACGACAAUUAAGAUUAACAAAUAUAAGAAAUAAAUUCGAAGCUGAAGAACAGGCUGCUUUGCAAAACUUUGAGAGUGAGAAAAGUUUAUCUUGGGAUUUUUACUUUGAGGAUUUAAUCGAGACCAUUCGCCGGUUAGAGGAAGAUCGUCACAAUGUAGAAAUUAGUUGGGGCGAGGGCGGCGAGUGGAGUUCAAGAUCUAGGUCAAGAUCCCGUCGAAAAGCUGUUACAGUUUCCGGACCUUACAUAGUUUACAUGUUGAGACCUCAAGAUAUUAUGGAAGAUUGGGCCAUUAUAAGAAAAGCGUUGAAACGAUCCACAUAAAAUGAAUUAGAGUUUUGUUUUUUUUAUUUAUUGACUUUGGGUUUGAAGAAAAAAUUGUUUUUUUUU